GCAGUCGUGGGUAAAGGGUAAGGUCAUGAAUGUAAUUAGGGUUGGAGAAAGAAUGACGUGCUUUACCUUUGUAUCGCCUGCUUUUGGCGAAAGACUCUCCGAGUAACUGAAGAAGAGGAAGAAGAAACAGACCCUACCUACUCCCCCACCCAAACUGACCUCUCUGUCUCUCGGUUUCACCAUAGACAGCCACACCCAUCUAUCCUCACGCCGCCCCCCUCCCCCUCCAUCUUCACUUUUGCAAGACUCUCCCUCUGUGUUCUGUCGGUCUUAUCUCCAUCUGGGUCUCUGAGUAAUUUAUAAUAGCAUGUCAUGCUAGAACCAGUGCUUGUUUUACUUGGUUUUGACCUACACUGCUUGUUUGGUUUGGACAUUCUUAUCAAGCAUUUGGCUGAAUAUCUCUAACCUUUUAAAGGCAGUGUAUUGAAUAGUUUGUUCAUGGCUUUUGAAGAUUCCUAUAAAAGAGGGUUCAAGGACAACAGUUCUAUUAUGGAAGAUGUUCAGUUGACCACCAAGUGGGAAGAUGUGAUUUGUCCUAUAUGCUUGGAUUUCCCUCACAAUGGUGUACUCCUCCAGUGCUCAUCAUAUGAGAAAGGAUGCCGCCCUUUUGUGUGUGACACAGACCACUUGCACUCAAAUUGCCUUGACCGUUUCAAAAAUGCCUAUGGAAUUUCAUCUGAUUUUAAAUCCCCUUCAGCACCCGCUCCCAUGGAUAGCAUCCAGUCAACAUCAUUAGAAGACAAUGGCAGGCCAAGCUGUCCUUUGUGUAGAGGGGAAGUCACUGGGUGGGUUAUUGUUGAUAAGGCACGUGUACAUUUGGAUGAGAAAAAGCGUUCUUGUGAAGAGGAUCAAUGUUCCUUUACAGGAAACUACCUGGAACUUCAAGAACAUGCUCAACUAGAGCACCCUCAUGCUCAACCAUCAAAGGUAGAUCCUGCUCGGCAACUGGAUUGGGAGAAUUUCCAGCAAUCCUCAGAGAUAGUAGAUGUUUUGAGCACUAUCCAUUCAGAAAUUCCACGUGGGGUGGUUUUGGGCGAUUAUGUGAUUGAAUAUGGAGAUGAUGAAACUGGAGAUGAGUUUGAUGACUUUCCAGGGGAUGAAGGCAACUGGUGGACAUCAUGUAUCUUGUAUCAGGUAUUUGAUAAUUUUAGGACUUCUAGAAACAGAAGAAGGUCAAGAGUCAGUGAUACAAGAAGAGGAGGUCGUCGAUCAAGUUAUGAUGCUUCAAAUUCUGAUGAGGGUUCUGUGACUUCUGUGGAAUUUCCCGAGUACAGAAUUGAUGAGACAGAUGAUGAGUUUAUGAGUUCAAGUGCCCCUUCUAGGAGCAGUGGUUCUUCAAGGAGUAGUGGUCAUCGCAGGUCAGUACGGCCUUUCCCUCCCCCCUGCAUCCUGGGGCAGCUUUCCUGUUUGUUUUCAUGUUCACUUGUCUCUUGAAUCAGUUUUUUGUACAUUUUUUUGGAUGUCUCUGUGUGUGUGUGUGUGUUUUGCGUGCUGUGGUUCCUUUUUAGGGGUUGGAGGAGUUUUAGCCCUUCCUUGCCCUGUCCCACUGGGCAGCUUUCCUUUAUGUUUUUGAGUGGUAUGCUCAAUUUUCUUGGGAAUCAGUUCUGCGUGUGUGCGCGCCCAAGCACGUGUAUACGUAGGUUUCUACAUUUAUGUGAUGUGUGGUGUGGCUCUUUCGGGGCUUGGGGAAGUUUUAAUAUGCUGAUAUUUUCCAUGGCUAAGGCCGCCUACUAGUCCUCCUGCUGCCAUUUCUUUCUUACGUGUAUUAUUUUGUGAUUGAAUAUUGCACAUUAGAAUGGGCAUUUCCAAAACUGUUGGUUUUUCUACACAAUCCUGACAAAUUUCUGCAGUGACUCUUUGAUUAGUGCUCUAAAGGAUGGCUAAAUACUGCCAUGGAAGUUAUUCUUGCAGCAAAUCCAAUGCUCAACUUAUUGUUGUAUUUAUCCUGGGAAUUUCUUGGAUAACUUGCCUACAGUAUUCAAAUUGCUUUUGGCAAUUUCUACCAUCACUUGUUUCACAAGUCUGUACAAUUUGAUCACUCAUAUUGGCCGUCAUUGAGCACAUUAUUAUUUUUGACCUGGAAAUGGAAUUAACAGUAUAUUCAAAUCAAACUGUAUAAAUUGAUGAAAUUAUUUGAGUGAGUGACCUGAUGGUUUGUAUUUCCUGUUUUGCUUAACAACUUGGGUGUGAGCAAGCUUAGUCCAUUCUUAUUUUUACACUAGAGCUUUGGUUUGAGUUGGGCUUUUGAGUUCGCUGAACUGGUAACUAAAAUUGGUUUUUUUCAUUUUUUUGAAGACAAUUGUUUUAUGUUUGUAAUUGGGUGGCUGUUGACUUUAUAAUAAAUGACUGAAAUAAUGUAAUUUAAGUAUAGCAUUAAUAGCAGGUUGUUUUGGUUAAUAAAUGAAAGGUGAAGUCAAGAAUUUCCUUUUGCAGUAAUUGGCAUAUUGUGGGAAGAUGCAAACCCAAGGCAUAUUGUGGGCCUUAUGCAGUAAUUACAUCUCGUUACUUCUUUAAUUGAUUGAAAUUUUUUAUGGCUUAUCAAAUCCAAUUUUCCAAAAUAGCUUAAAUAAAGUUUGAUGGCAUCACUUGUGAUAAUUAAUGUAAUGCACAUAAAGCACAAUAAAAGCACUUUUAACCAUGCAUAAUUUGAUGUGAGCACGCCCAUAUGGGUAGACCAUGUCUAUUGCUUGGCCCUGGAAUUGCUCUUAAUGAGAGCCAUUGAACAGUGGUUACCAAGACAUUUGCAUGCCCAUUGUAAAAUAAGUUGGUAAUGGUGGGAUAAUUUUGACAUGCAGGUAGGAUGUAGGCAUGUUAAUGCUGCUAGGCUAUUUUUAUUGACCAGCUCAAAAUUUCAAAGUAGUAUUGUCACUAGAUCUGUGCAUGAUUUAUGAAAUGUUCUUGUAUUUCACAGUUCUCGAAGACGGCGUUCCCGCUUCUAUGACAACUAGGUAUGCACUGCCCUCAAGUUAAAGUGACAUUUCUUAUGACCUUAAAGGUGGUCGAAAUGUGUGCCACAUCAAACCCUGUUUAGAUGAAAUUUCAAUUAUAUAUUUUCUCUGGAUUAUGUAGGAGGUGUUAUGCCUGAGACUACAUUGUUCAUAUGUUGGAAGUUUUGGUUAUACAAACGUCAUUAUCCUUUGCUGGCUUAAGAAACAGAGUGAUUGUAGGGGGGAAAGCGUAGAGAUGAUGAUCCACAGAAGUGAAAAAGCCCUGCUGCUGCACUUGCUGCAACUCUUUUUCACGUCCAAAACAAACAUGUAAAAGCUACAUCUGGAUGGUAGUUUGGUAGGUUUUUGAGAUUAAAUGUGCUGGUUAGAUGUGGUUGUCAAUGCCAUGUGAUUAUGUGUGGCUAUUUCAGUUCCUUAAAUUUGUUUUAUUAAGUUAGUCUCUUCAGCCAUUCUCUUUUAGAUGCUUCAAGGGAUGGGGAGAAAUGUUUGUCAAUGCUUUAAUGUCCUGAACCCACUCAGCCAAACUUUUUAUGAUAAUUGGCUUGGUAUCACCACUAUUCACCAGUGCCCACUAAUCCUGCUGAUGGAUAAAUAUAUCAAGCAUUUUCAUCUGUUAUGAU